UCCAGGAUUUUUCGGAGGAAAAAAAAAACAGAAAAAUAAUGAGCUUUUCGAGCUUUUCCUAUUGGCUGCCGCGCUCGACCAAUGAGGGGCUGGCAGCCGGGUGUGCACGUGCGUUAUGUGUACACUGAACUGGGCGGUCCCUCUGGCGACAGCGGCCAAUCAGCGGGCCGGGCCGGCCCUGGGGGGGUUAUGCAAUCGAGGGAAAGACGCCGGGCGCGAGGCGAGGAGCCCAGCUUUAGAACAUGAACGUUUCCGCCUCCCAGAGGCUGGUUUGCGCGUGUUCGAGCCGGGGGUAGACUGAGGCAUUAGCAAAGCAGGGAUAAUAACGUCCACCCGUGUCUGCGACCCACGCACCGCGUCCGUAUCCUUGCAUCUCGGCUUGCUCCUGGAGGAUUCCCUCAGUCGGGAAUCUUGUAGGUCCCCCCUCUGGAGAAAGAUCGGAUCUACUCAGAACAAAUUCCAGAAUUAGGGGAACAAAGACCUUGAAAAAGGAAGAUAAAGAGGCCUGAAAAAAGAGAGGAUCCAUAUUUUGAUCAAUUCCUCUGCCCAUUCUGCAGAGUUCUGCACCCUCCAGCUCUCUGUCUCUUUCUCACUCCAUCUGGCAUUGCGAUCCGCUGCCAGAUUGAAGGUUUUCAGUUUCCCGGAGACAGCCGAGUUUUUGUUGCUCUAGUGUCAAGUUUCGCAAGUAUUUUAAGUUUCUCCAGAUCCAUUUUCAUAUUUAUCAAUUUAAAAUUCAAACUCUGCAAUGGUUCACUCCGGUGGACAAGACUGCCCCACCUAGUGUGGAAGCAGAGGUACUGCCACCCUUUGAUUUAUUCAUCGCUAUUCUUAGUAUUAUUAUGAGUGAUGACAAUUCUGACUCCGCCCCCAGCCAUGCUGAUGAUGUGCACGGGGUGGGUGUGUCCGGGGAGGGGGCGGGGCCCAGGGCGGGCUCUCCUGGCUUGAGUGGCGGCUCAGAGACCAACAGCCGGAGCAACAGCAGCAGCCCACUUGGAGGUGGGGGAGGAGCCAACAGCCCUGGGGGCGGUCCCGGGGGGCGGGGCUCAAGAGCCCCUAGGAUCCAGGGAAAAGGGCCCCCGCAGGGCCCCCAGGGCUCCUCAGAUGAUAUGGACGCCCACAGCAAUGGGAACUCCAGUGGGAACGACUCUGCUGUGCUGGAGAAUGAGUCGCAGGGGAGGCAAUCCACCAGGAGCUCUCAGAGUAGCUCCAGCCACAACUGCAAGGACUCUGGCGUGUUACUGGAGACCACAGAGAGCAAUAAGAGCUCAAACUCCCAGAGCCCCUCGCCUCCCAGCAGCUCCAUCGCGUACAGCCUGCUGAGCGCCAGCUCCGAGCAGGACCACCCCUCCACCAGUGGCUGCAGCUCGGACCAGUCCGCGCGGGUGAAGACCCAGAAGGAGCUGAUGACGGCCCUGAAGGAGCUGAAGAUCCGCGUGCCGGCGGAGCGGCGGGGGAAGGGGCGCUCCAGCACGCUGGCCGCGCUGCAGUACGCCCUCACCUGCGUCAAGCAAGUCCGAGCCAACCAGGAGUACUACCACCAGUGGACAGUGGACGAGGGUCAGAACUGCAGCCUGGACCUGUCAAACUACACCAUCGAGGAGCUGGAGAACAUCACCUCCGAGUACACCCUCAAGAACACUGACACAUUCUCGGUGGCCGUGUCCUUCAUCACGGGGAAGGUGGUGUAUGUCUCCCCCCAGGCGGCCUGUAUCCUGCGCUGCAAACCUGAGCGCCUGCAGGGGGCGCUUUUCUCCAAGCUGCUGGCCCCCCAGGAUGUCAGCGUGUUCUACAGCAACACCGUGCCCUGCCGCCUGCCCGCCUGGUCUGCCUGUAAUGGCACAGCUACCUCACCCCUGGAUUGCACCCAGGAGAAAUCCAUGUUCUGUCGUCUCAGUGGGGGCCGGGAGAGGGAGGGAGAGCUGCGGUACUACCCCUUCCGACUGACGCCCUACCAGCUGACCCUGCGCGACAGCGACCAAGCCGAGCCCCAGCCCUGCUGCCUGCUCAUCGCAGAGCGGGUCCAUUCUGGAUACGAGGCUCCCCGCAUUCCCCCAGACAAGCGAAUCUUCACCACGAGCCACACCCCCAGCUGUCUCUUUCAGGAGGUGGAUGAGCGUGCAGUGCCAUUGUUGGGGUACCUUCCUCAGGACCUAGUGGGGACCCCAGUUCUGCUGUACCUGCACCCCGAGGAUCGGCCAGCCAUGGUGGCUGUUCAUAAGAAGAUCCUGCAGUUGGCCGGCCAGCCCCUGGACCACUCCGCCAUGCGGGUGUGUGCGCGCAGCGGGGAGUACCUGACCAUCGACACCAGCUGGUCCAGCUUCAUCAACCCCUGGAGCCGCAAGGUGGCCUUCAUCAUCGGCCGGCACAAAGUCCGCACGAGCCCCCUGAACGAGGACGUGUUCACACCGCCCCUCAACGGGGAGGUGCGGUCGCUGGUCCCCGAGAUCCACGAGCUGAGCAGCCGGAUCCACCGGCUCCUCCUGCAGCCUGUGCACGCCACCGGCUCUCUGGGCUACUGCAGUGUGGGCAGUAACGGCUCCCAUGAGCACUACCUCAGCAUCGCCUCGUCCAGCGACAGCAACGGGGCGCCCGCCGACGAGACACUGCUGCACAAGCCGAUGACGUUCCAGCAGAUCUGUAAGGACGUGCACAUGGUGAAGAACCACGGCCAGCAGGUCUUCAUCGAGUCGCGCAGUAAACCGCUGCCCCAGAAACACGCCAGCGCAGGUCCGGUGCUGCCGACGGCUAGCAGCGCGGCAGUGAGGCCAGCUGGGGAGGUGGCCAAGGAGGCAGCCUCUGCCCAGCGUUCCUCGGCUCCAGAGGAGGCAGUGAAGAAGGAUUCGCCGUCCCCGUACUCCUACCAGCAGAUCAACUGUCUGGACAGUAUUAUCCGGUACCUGGAGAGCUGCAACAUUCCCAACACAGUGAAGAGGAAGUGUGGCUCCUCCUCCUGCACCGCAUCAUCCACCUCCGACGACGACAAGCAGAAGCCUGGAGAGGAGGCCUCAGACAUGAAUAAAGGGGCGACGGUGUCUCUGGGGCCUGUAGGGGGGCCGAAGGGGGGACCUCAGGGGCCCGCUCACCCCCUCACGCCCCUGGCGCUGCACAGCAAGGCAGAGAGCGUGGUCUCCAUCACCAGCCAGUGCAGCUUCAGCAGCACCAUUGUCCACGUGGGCGACAAGAAACCCCCCGAGUCAGACAUUGUGAUGAUGGAAGAGGCCCCUCCCACCCCAGCCCCGCCCCCUCCCUUGACCACGCCCGUGGCCCCGCCCCCGGAUAAGGACCCGAAGGACCCCUGGCGGCGGGUGGGGCUGACCAAGGAGGUCCUGUCUGUGCACACGCAGAAGGAGGAGCAGGCGUUCCUCAACCGGUUCCGCGACCUCAGCCAGCUGCGGGUCUUCGAGCCACCAACCCAAGCCGAGCGCCGGCACAGCGGGGUGCCCCACACGCGAGGGGUGCGCAGUUCCAGGGACUACCCAGCAGGGGGCAGCAGUGGGCGGCGGGGCACCGGACGGGGGAGCAGGUCGAAGGCCAAGAGACUGAAGCACCAGGAGCCGUCCGAGCACGGCAGCUCUGUCGGGAUCGGGGGGGUCUUCCCAGCAUCCAGCAGGGCCACGACCACCCUGUCCCCCCCGCACCUGCCUCUGGGACCCCCGACUUCGUCCUCGUCCUGGCCCACUUCCAUCGGCUCCCAGGCCAGCCUGCCCCCCCUUCCCUACCACCCUGGCGUCCUGCCUGCCUACCCCAUCUCGGUCUACCCGCCCACUCCCAGGCCCCCACAAGGCCCCCCUGACCCCCAAAGCCUUCCCCCUGGCUUUCCCGGUGCCCAGCCCACUGGCCUCCGCUAUUCCCCUCCCCAGAACCCCGCCCCCAUGCCUGCCCCUCCCCCUCUGGUCACCCCCAUGGUGGCAUUUGUGCUGCCCAACUACAUGUUCCCCCAGCUCAACGCCCCGGUCCUCCCUCAGCCCUUCUUCAACCCCACCUCCAUCUUCCCCUUCCCAGCUGCCUCCGCCCCCACAGCCCUCCUGCCCCAGAACCUGGGGCCGCCCCCCCAGCUGCAGGCCACCACCCCCUCACAGGAACCCCUGCGGGCCCCCUCUCGCUCCAGCACCCCGCAGUCCUCCAGCCCCCCCCUCCCCGACCGCGAGGGCUCCCAGACACCCCUCUUCCAGUCCCGUUGCUCCUCCCCACUCAACUUACUUCAGCUAGAAGAGUCUUCCAGUAACCGACAGGAAGUGACUUCGUUGGCCGUGGCCGCCGCCCAGGCCCAGCAGACCACACCCACAGGGGGAGUGGCUACACAGGAGUGGGCGGAGCCGCAGGGAGGGAGUGGAGGUUUGGCCUCACCCACUCAGCUCAGCACAUCGGGGGACAGAAAAGACAAUGAAAACGUUGAGGCCAUUGAGUCAUCUAAUCAGGAUGCCAUGUCAACUUCCAGUGACCUGCUGGAUCUGCUUCUGCAGGAGGAUUCCCGAUCAGGCACUGGCUCGGCCGCCUCUGGCUCAGGGUCCUCGGGCUCUGGGUCCCACGGCUGCAGCACAUCAGGCAGUGGGACCAGAAGCAGUCAGAGCAGCCACACCAGCAAGUACUUCGGCAGCGUGGACUCCUCGGAGAACGACCUGGCGGGCAAGAAGCAGGCGGGGCUGGCGGCGGAGAGCGAGCAGUUCAUCAAGUACGUCCUGCAGGACCCCAUCUGGUUGCUGAUGGCCAACACCGACGAGAAGGUCAUGAUGACCUACCAGCUGGCCACCCGGGACCCGGAGACCGUGCUGCGGGAGGACCGGGAGGCCCUGCGCGCCAUGCAGAAGCAACAGCCGCGCUUCAGCGAGGAGCAGAAGAGGGAGCUGAGCGAGGUGCACCCUUGGAUCAGGACCGGCCGGCUGCCCAGGGCCAUCAACAUCCCGGCAUGUGUGGGGUGCGGCUCGUCCCCUCCGUGCCCGGGCCUGGCGCCGCCCUUCGACGUGGAGCUGCACGAGAUGGAGCUCGGCGGCGUGCCGGGGUCGCCCGAGGAUCCCGCCAGCAAGACGCUCUCUGCCCCCGAGACGGCCAUGGAGGAGGAGGCAGGACCCGCCCCCGCCCCCCACGCCAAUGACCAGGAGAUGGCCUCGGAGGAACAGGAAGUGACAUCGCAGGGAGGCAAGGCAGCGAGCACAGCAGUGACAGACAUGACGCCAUGACACCAUGGCGCUACGGCGCUGGGACAGGACAGGGGGCCGGUGGUGGCUCUGUCCUGUCCGUUCUGAGGUCUUGCAGCUAGGCCACACCAGCAAGUCACUUCAUCUGGCAGGACGUUUAAUUGAUUGAUUCAUCAAUGAAUUAAUUGGCUCCAUCUUCACUUGCACCGGCGUGGCAGACUCUCAGUGCCAGCGGUGUGCCAGUCCCUCAGAAAGCUGGGGGCUCAGAGUGCCCAUUGGGCACACAUGAUCAGCGUGUCCUCCGUCUGUCGGUCCCUCCUUGCUGGGAUACAAGUCACGCAAGUUUUUCAUUUAUGACUCAAAUAAAGGUUGUUGUGUAUAUAUGUACUAUAUAUAUUUGUAUAAAAUCCAACAAAAAAAAAAAACUUUUUAGCCAAAAAAAAAGAUCAUUCUGAACACAGAAACGCUAUUUUUGAGUAACAAAAGAAAAUAAUAAAAAAGUCCUUUUUUUUUUUA